AUGGGGAAACUCGCGCGUCUUGCUGCUGUGGCUGCAUUUGCCUCCCUCCAAGGCGCGGUCGCGUUACCGCAGACGGCGACGGCGACUAGUUCUGCUCUGCCGACGGCUACUGCAGUGGUACCUGGGUUGAACUAUCUCGCAAGGAAUGCCGGAAAGCUGUACUUUGGAACUGCUACAGAUGUGGACGAGCUGAACGAUACGACAUACACAACUAUCAUGGAGAACUAUCUGCAUUUCGGCCAAAUCACUCCUGGAAACGAAAUGAAGUGGGAAUACACCGAGCCAGAGCCAGGCGUUUGGACGUUCGAGGAAGCUGAGACUAUUGCAAACCUGGCGCAUUCGAAUGGCAUGUACCUACGAGGACAUAACUGUGUCUGGUACGAUGAGCUUCCCGACUGGGUGACCGCGAACAACUACACCGCACCUGAACUUGCGUACGUUGUGGCCAAUCACACUGGAACCUUAGUAGGCCAUUUCGCGGGUCAAGUGUAUGCUUGGGACGUCAUAAAUGAACCCUUGAACGACAAUGGUACAUUCCGCGAGGACGUCUUUUAUGACACCCUUGGAGAAAGCUAUAUUACCAUUGCGCUUCAAGCUGCAAGAGAGGCGGACCCGAAUGCCAAACUUUACAUCAACGAUUACAACACAGAGUAUGUUGGCGUGAAAUCGACCGCGCUGCAGAACCUUAUAAAGCAGCUACAAGCAGAUGGCGUGCCCAUCGACGGUGUUGGCUUCGAGUCCCACUUCAUCGUCGGUGAGGUGCCCACGACCCUUGUGGAGAACUUCCAAGCAUACGCUGCACUUGGCCUGGAAUUCGCAGUUACGGAGCUCGAUAUACGGAUGGAACUUCCAGCCACCGCAGAGUUGCUAGAGCAGCAGAAGCAAGACUUCUACACUGUCGUGUCAGCCUGCGUGGCUGUCUCGCAGUGCGUCGGUGUGACAGUUUGGGAUUGGACAGACAAAUACUCGUGGAUUCCUUCGGCUUUUCCGGGCUAUGGCGAGGCAACCCCGUGGAGUGCGGACUUCGUGAGAAAGCCUGCGUUUGACGGGAUCGCAAUUGCGUUCGAGAAUGGAACGAUCUAACACGCGUCUCCAUAAUGGUCGUUCUUGUAUGUCUUGAUGUAUGCCUUCAGGACAUUUGAACAGAAUCCGAGCACGAGCGAUACAACCGACUGCCUGACGUGUCCAGUCCCAGCUGAUUAUGUCUACUCUUGCUAUAUUAAAUUUCACCGUGGGCAGCAUGAGCUUUUUUGUUGAAGCUUAAAGCCCAAAAGUAUGUGCGAUGCUGUUGUCCACUUCCCAUACCUGACACCGUCGAGGCUCUCAUAACAAUGCCCAGCCUUUCCCAUCCCAC